CCUCUGCACGGAGUGGAACAAAGUCAGAAAAGCGAAGAGAACAGUCCGCGGAAAACGUUCAAUUAAUAGCAGCGAAGCCACAUAUAUAAUCUAAUUUUUCUCAUAUAUACCCCACAUAUAUUUCGGCUGUGUAUAUACGAGCACCGUGUAUAUGUAUCAGUGUACCAAAAGUUGUUAUACAUAAAAUAAGUUGCGAAAGAAGAAAUACCAUUAUCAACUAAAAAUAGUGACCGAUUCCGAUUCUCAAAGGAAUACAAAUUUAAUAACGAAAAUCGCGAGCGACGAGAACGACUUAACCGAAAAGUGCACGGCCAAAAGGAGCAGACACACACACGCCCGCAUGUCCGAGUCAAGGGUCUAGAGACUCUCACGCCCGAAGGAACCGAAGAAGGAAGAACGUAACCGAUUGUGGGGAUUGUGGAGAGUGGAUCGAAGGAUCGAAGGAUGACUCUCGCCCGCCCCAAGACUCUGGCGCUGCUCGUGUGUGCUCUGCUGGCACUGAGUUUUCCCGGACACGUGAAUGGCGGCGGCAACAACAAGAAGGGCUCGCAGCCAGUGCCGCCCCCGGAGCCCGAGGCCGUGAUCGAGGAGGUCAACGCCAAGCAGCUGGAGAAGCUCCUGGCCGACAAGGAUUACGUGGCCGUCUUCUGGUAUGCGCGGAGCUGCGUGACCUGUGAUAAGGUUCUAGCGGAACUCGAGAAAAUCGACGAUGACACCGACUCCUUCGGUGUGGACUUUGUGAAAAUCAACGACAAACGACUAGCCAAACAGUACGGCAUCAAGAAUUUCCCCGCCCUCACCUACUUCAGGGAGAAGGAGCCCAUCAUAUACGAUGGCGACCUUAUGGACGAGGAGGGAGUGCUCGACUUCCUCACCUCUCUGGAGGCCAUGGAUUUGCCUGAUCGCAUCGAGGAGGUCAACUCCAAGAUUUUGCAGAAGAUCAUCGAGGACACCGACUUCGUAGCCGUUCUGUUCUGUCCAGAUCAUGAAACAUGCCCGCCCAGGGUUAUGGACAAACAGCAAUGCCGCAAGUGCGCCAAGGCCUUGCAGGAACUGGAGAAUAUCGACGACGAGGCCGACCAGCUGGGCAUCGGGUUCGUUAAAAUACACGACGAGGCCCUGGCCGACGAGUACAACCUGGGCAACCUGCCCGCCCUGGUCUACUACCGCCACCAGACUCCGAUCAUAUACGAAGGUGAACUGCAGCGGGAGGAGGACGUCCUGGAAUGGUUGGUGCAGAACAAGUCGACAGGCGACGAGGAUGACGUGAUCGAGGACGUCACUUCGAAAACCCUGUCGACGCUGAUCAGCAACAUCGACAACCUGGUGGUGCUGUUCUAUGAUCAUGGAAAUGACGACUCGAUGACCGUGUUGGAGGAGCUAGAGCAAAUCGACGACGACUGCGACAAGCAUGGCAUUCAGUUUGUGAAAAUUGACGAUGCCAAGGCGGCAGCCGACUACGGAAUCGAAUCGAUUCCGGCCAUUGUUUACUUUGAAAAGGAAAUUCCAAACGUGUACGACGGCGAUCUCAUGGACGAGGAGCAGAUUCUGAAGUGGUUGUUGAGCCAGUUGGAACGGGAUGAGAUCGAGGACGUCACCGACGAGAUGCUUGACACAAUGAUCAAGGAAGGCCGCGUCAUUGCCGUGCUGUUCUACGACAACAACGACAAGAAAUCCCAGAAAGUGCUCGAAGAGCUCGAAAACAUUGACGACGAGUGCGACGCGCUGGGCAUUACUUUCGUGAAGAUCGACAAUCCCGAAGAGGCCGUCGAAUAUGGCAUCAACAAAGUUCCUAAGCUGAUAUACUUUGAAAAAGGCAUUCCAACUAUUUACGAGGGCAAUCUGGAGGACGAGGAGAAGCUCCUGAAGUGGCUGACAGACCAAACGAGUUCCGACCAAAUCGAGGACAUUACCGACGAAAUGUUGGACUUGAUCAUUGAGAAAAUGCCCCACGUAGCCGUUCUCUUCUACGACAAAGACCAAAAGAAAUCACAGAAAAUCCUCGCAGAAUUGGAAAACAUUGACGAUGAGUGCGAUCAGAACGAUAUUGCCUUUGUCAAGAUCGACGAUGACAAGGAGGCCAAGGAAUGGGGUAUCGAUGAGAUACCCUCGAUUGUACUCUUUGAACGUGGCAUUCCACACAUCUACGAGGGUGAUCUGAUGAAAGAGGACGAGCUGCUGGGCUGGUUGGUGCACCAGAAGCGCUACUCCGAGAUUCCCGAGGUUACCGACGAGAUGAAGGACAAGCUGGUCGAGAACACUGAGCACUUGGCGGUUAUCUUCUACGAUAAGGACGACAAGCAGGACAUGCGCAUCCUGAACGAGCUGGAAAACAUCGACGACGAACUCGAGAAGGAGGGAAUCGUCAUUGUGCGCAUCGAUAAUGCCGCCGAGGCUAAGGAGUACGGUCUCGACCACUUGCCUGCCCUCAUCUACUUCGAGAACAAGAUCCCGGCGCUCUACGAGGGCGACCUGAUGAACGAGGACGAGGUGCUUGAGUGGCUGCUGGUGCAGAAGAAGACGGCCACCAUCGAGGAGGUCACCGACGAGAUCUUGGUCAACCUAAUCAACGAGCACGAGUAUGUUGUCGUCUUCUUCACGGGUCCCUGCGAACCCGGCGAGACCUGCGACCACACCCUGAACGCCCUGGAGAGCAUCGACGACGAGUUGGACGAGGCUGGAAUCAUUUUCGUAACCACCGAGGACACCGGAGUGGCCAAGAAGUACAAUGUCAAGACCUACCCACGCUUGGUGUUCUUCAGAAACCGCGACCCACUGCACUUCACCGGGGACCUGGACGACGAGGACGAAGUGCUCGCCUGGAUCACCGACGACGAGACCCUCGAAAUUCCCGGAAAAAUUGAGGAGGUCAAUGUUAAGAUGUUGGACAAGAUCUUGGCUGAAAACGAUCACGUCGUCGUGUUCUUCUAUGCUGAGGGCGAUAAGAAGGCCCAGAAGAUUCUUAACGAACUGGAGAACAUCGAUGACGAGUGCGAGGAAAAAGACAUUGACUUUGUAAAGACAUCCGACGAUGAUAUUGAUAAGGAAUACGAUCUGCCCGGUCUGCCGGCACUUGCAUUUUAUAGACAUAAGUUUAGAACAAUUUACACCGGUGACCUGAUGAAGGAAGAGGAAAUUCUUGAGUGGGUUAUUGAUUUGCACGAAUCGACCGCUGAUGUGAUUGAGUCCGUCGAUCGCAAGACCCUGCAAGUUUUGAUCAACGAUGUUGAGCACUUGGCUGUGUUCUUUUAUGAUGAUGAGUGCGAAUCGUGUUCUGACAUUUUGGAAGAGUUGGAAAACAUCGACGAUGACACCGAUAAGCACGGAAUUCAAUUUGUCAAAUCGAAUGACGUCAAGCUGGCCCAUGAAAUUGGCAUUUUCGCAUUCCCAGCUUUGGUCUACUACGAAACCGGCGUUCCGAUUAUGUAUGAUGGUAAUCUCAAAAAUGAAAACCGUGUGCUGCAGUGGUUAGUCAAUCAAAAGAGAAAGGAUGACGACGCAAGUGAUGAAAAAAUUCUUAAAUUGCGCUAUCCCAAAGAAAGCAAUGAGGAUAAAAGGGAAAGGUUAAAGCGACUGCAGAAUGCGAUACGAACAGAAAGGUUACGAAAGAACAGACGAGGCAAUGAGGAUGACGAAAACGGGGAUGAGGAGGAUGCAACAGGGGAGAAGGAUAUUGAUAAAGACGACGAGGACGAGGAUGACGAAGAAGACAAUGAGAGGGAUGACGAGGAUGAGGAUGAGGAGGAUGACGAUCAGGACGAUGAAGGCGACGAAGAUAAUGAUAGGGGCAAUGGGGACGAGGAUGAGGAAGAAGAUAAUAAUGAUGACAAAAACGACGACGACGAAAAUGACGAAGAUGACAAUAACGAAGAUGAGGACGAUGACGAAGAAGACAAUGAUAAAGACGAUGAGGAUGAGGAAGAAGACAAUGAUAAGGAUAAUGAUGACGAGGAUGAAGAAGAGGAUAAUGAUAACGGUGAUGACGACGAGAAUGAUGAAGAUGGGGACAAUAAGGACGAUGAGGACGAGGAUGAAGAUGACGCGGAAGAGGAUGAAGAGGAAGACACCGAUAAAGACGAUGAUGAAGAUGACAAUGAAGACGAGGACAACGAAGAAGAUAACGACGAAGAUGAAGACGAAGAUGAAGGAGAUGAUAACGAUAAGGGUGACGACGAUGAGAAUGAUGACGAAGAAAAUGACAAUGACGAUGAGGAAGAUGAAGACGAAGAAGAUAAUGAUAAGGAUGAUGAGGAUGAGGAUGAGGAUAAUGAGGAUGGGGAUGGAGACGGUAAUGAUGACGAGGAAGAUAAUGACGAAGAAGCAAGAGGGGAGAAGGAUACAAAUAAGGACGACGAAAAUGACGACGAUGACGGAGACGAUGAUGAGGAUGACGACGAAGACGGGAAUGGGGAUGACGAAGAAGAAGAGGACAUUAAAAGUAAACCAAAGUAUAGGCACACGGCCAAAGGUCGAACGAUACAUCGCCUUGCUGACCUUUGCUCGGGUCGGCUAAUAGAUGAAAUAGAUGACGAAUGUUUCUAUGUUGGAUUGGGCCACGACGGCCAUUCAGCUAAGCGCGGCAACAAUUUCGUGCCCAACGAUUACAAACCAUUCCAAUGCUGUCCAACCAAAUUGGAGAAGUCAACGAAAGUUCCUAAGAUGACGGCCCAGCGGAUCGGACAUAGCGAGGGCGACCAGGGCAAGCGUCCCAUUGGCGGCGGAAACUUCCAGUUCGCCGGAUCGGCAUCGGCAUCGGCAUCGGGAUCCAAGGGAAGCAAGCCGGCCAGCAAGCCAGCGGCCACCAAGAAGCAGGCGAAGGGCGCCAAGAACUCGAACAACGACGAUGAUGACGAGGACGACGAGGACAAGCCCCUGGUGAAGGUCUCGUAUGCCAACAAGCGUUCGGGAGGAAGCAACAAGCCGCAGGCUGGGAAGAAGCCGGUGACCAACGACGACGAGUCGCAGGAGGUGGAGAAGGCCUCCAAGCAGAAGGGAUCGAAGAAGUCCGGCAAGCUGAACGUGAAAACCGGCAUUAAUUUUUUCCAAAAUCGACUAAAAAAUUUGUAUGAUAUCAUUUUUCAGGAUAUCUCUCUGUGGGAGUAAGGCAACAAUUUAACUGAGUGUGGAAAACCACAGACAGUUAAAUGUGAUUGUAUGAUUGAAUGAUAUGCCAUACUAAAGUAGCACGUAUACGUACUGUUGUCAGCCGAUAAAACCAAUAUCAAACCAAAACCAAAACCAAACCAAACAAAAACCAAAACCAAAAUCAAACCUGUAAAGCCACCAAAGAACCUUCAAUGACAGGUUUCUAUAAUUAAAUGUACAUCAUCUCUGUGUGACGAGAACCAACUAAAUAACCGAACUCGAGUAGCUGUGUGUCCCUACAAAUGAGGCUCACCUCACUAACCUUUAAACACCCUACGACCACACUAUGUCGACCACUUUAAUAUCCUGUGCCCGGAACAGAUCUAAGAGCACCCUUUUUAGGCCGAAAAUCAUAAUCGUUGUUCCGCGUUGAGAAGAUCUACUAGUAGCAAGUCACACAAAACCAAAACAACUAAAACAUAACCAAAAAAAUCUUACUAACUAAAACAUUGUUGAUAUCUUCGCUUAAACUAUUUUCAAGAGGGACCACGUAGUCUUGGUGACCCCGAUCUAUAACUUAACUAAACCAAACAUUUGUUGCAUUUUGUCAACGGAUUUCAACAAACUUUGUUCAAACUAAAAGCAAUUACUUCAACAAACAACUAUCAAACUUCUGAGAACUUUCACUUGUAUAUUUAGCCAGCAAACUUUGUUAUUAACAGAUCGAUCAGCCAUUGUCUAUUGUCAAUAACAAACACCUAAACUUUUUGAUACUACUUCUUUUUGUCACAAUAUACAAUUUACAUUUAUGUAGUUAGUCUAUUUUAACAAGAGCCUAGGCAAAACAAAACAAAACAAAAUAAAAACAAAACGAAACGAACAAACAGAUAAAAUAUUUUUUGAAGCAAUUUACACCUGACAGUGCCCAACUGUUGACUGUUAACUAUUUUAACUGAGACGUGUAACGAUGAGAGCUAUCAACUGUUUUUGUAGUAACAACAUUAGGGCCCCAGGCCAAUAUAUUGCGUAACCGGAGCCUUUUACCAACCAUGUUGCAGCAUACACGCCGUAUACUUAAUUUUGUUGUAGAUUAUGGAAAGAAGUCCAUUAUUUCUCGAUGAACAAUGGCCUCGCAUACAAUGUAACUCGCCAUUUUGUUUCUUUUGUUUUCUUCUGAGAGCGAUACCUGUACCGCUCGCUAUUGUUUUUGUUAUCGGUAUUUGCAAAAUACCGAAUUAUUAAUCUUUAUAAUUAUGUUUUCCUAAGCUAAAGUCUAUCACAAUACACGCAAUUGUAACUAAAUCCAACAUAUAUGUAAACAAACUUUGUUGAACAGCAGCUGUUAAGUCAAGAACAAGCGAAUGUAUUUUUGUAAAACAAGUUUUCAAAACGAAAAUUGUCAUAUUCUAAGAAUCAAUCGCAUAUCAAACCGAAAUCACUUUUGUAAACAUUAACUCCUGAAAGAAAUUGUAAGAAUAUUCAAUAAAACCAUCCAACUCAAUAAAA